UCAUUAGCGGUGAAAGUCUUUGUAUUUUCCUUUUAUCAAUUCAUACUUGAUGAUGGAUAAUCAAAAGUAUAUUCAAGAAUUUGAUAGAUCGUGGGAAAUUAAUUAUUUUUUUAAUUAUAUUUCCAAUCGUACGAUUUGUUUACUUUGUGGUUUCGAGGCUUCAAUAAUAAAAAAGUUUGUAAUAGAUAGACAUUUCAGACGUUGUCACUCGGUACAAUACUCCAAUUAUUCAGAUACAGAAAAAUUGAAUAUCAUCGAAGCGUUAAAAUUAGUUUAUCAGGACGAUGUAGUAUCUUCUCCUCCUGAAAAUUCUUCUGAAAAACCUCUAUUAGCUUCUUAUGCUAUUUCCUUACUUAUAGGACAAAAUUCAAAACCAUUUACUGACGGUACUUUCAUGAAAAACUGUAUCAUCGAAGCAGUAAAAUCUUUCGGUAAUUCAUUAACAAUCGAUGAAGCAAUGAGCAUUCCGCUCAGUGCAAAGACUAUAACGUCAAGAAUUACUGACAUCAGUAAUUCUAUACAGGAAAAGUUGAAAAAUCUUUUAAUAUCGUGUACGUAUUCUUCUUUAUGCAUUGAUGAGAGCACCGACAUUCGGCACAUAAGUCAAUUGAGUAUUUUUAUUCGAAUCGUUCAAAACGAUUUCUCAUGUGUCGAGGAGCUUUUAGAUUUCGUCCCGUUACAUGGCACAACAACGGGUCUGGAUAUUUUUUUAGCUGUCGAAGGAGCGCUUAAAAAAUUUGACAUUGAUCUUAGUAAAUGUUCUUCGAUUACAACUAAUGGCGCAAAAGCUAUGAUAGGUUCAAAGAUAGGAUUUGCCGGCCAAUUAAAGCAGCGAAACUUUAAUAUUCCCGUUAUUCAUUGUAUAAUACACCAGGAAGCACUUAGUGGCAAAGUCGUAAAAUUGUCAACAGGAAUGAAAACAGUAACCAAAAUAAUUAAUACAAUUAAAGGUGGACAGAAAUUUCUCAUGCAUAGAAAAUUUCAAUUAUUUCUUACUGAACAUAAGGCUAUUCAUACAGAUGUCCCUCUCCAUUGUCCAUCACGUUGGCUUAGUGCUGCAAGAUGUUUAGAAAGGUUUUUUGCGAUAAGAAAAGAGAUCUUCCUUUUCUUGCAAGAAAUGAAUAACUCCAAAUUUCAGGAAUAUAUAUCUCUUUUAGAAGAUGUUACAUUUCUUUCCGAACUUGCUUUUAUUACAGACAUGACUAAUCAUCUUAGGCUUCUCAAUUUAAAACUGCAAAGACAGAAUCAAAAUAUUUCCCAAUUAGUUAGUCAUGUCGAUUCUUUCCGAAGGAAAUUACAAUUAUUCAAAACUCAUUUAAAUAAUGACAUUUAUCAUUUUUUUCCUUCUUGCCAGAUUCUUCUCGAAGAAUACGGCAGUAGCUGUAAUUUCAAACAAUAUAUUUCUAUUGUAGAUUCUCUUAUAACAGAUUUGAUACAUGUUUUACUUGUUUUGAAAAACUUAGAACCGAAUUAAUUCUUUUCGAAAAUCCCCUUACAGCACCAAUCGAAGAACAGCAUCUUGACUUGCAAGAUGAAUUGUGUGAUCUACA